AGUUACUGGGAAGUAAGCAAGCGGCAGUUUCCCUUGGCGUAAGGCUCCUCCUCCCUCCGCGGGUUGCUCCGCUGCACGUGUGCCCGGGCCCCGCCCCACACCGCCAGUGCUGCGGCCGCUUGGGCGCCUCCUCCCGUGCAGAGAUGGCGCACGACCCCGCAGAAUCAGCAAGUGCUGUUGUCAGUGGCCUUCUAAUCCAGGACUGCCAUAUUGCAAGAACACACAGGCCCCAAAGCAAAAUCUGAAUAGAUUCAGCCAGUGAAAAAGGUGAUUUUUGAAGGAUGAUCAAGAAUUCUUGCAAGACACUUAAGACUGUUUUACAGAGGAGUAUUGUAACCGAGAAUUUAUAAUAACAGCAUCUCAGACAUGUUGAAAAAGAUGUUUUGAUCCCUAAAAUUAUGAGAGAAAAGGCCCGAGAGAGGUGCUCUGAACAAGUUGAAGAUUUCACUAAAUGUUGCAAGGACUCUGGAAUCCUUAUGGUAGUAAAAUGCCGGAAAGAAAAUUCUGCAUUGAAAGACUGUCUAACUGCUUACUAUAAUGAUCCAGCCUUUUAUGAAGAAUGCAAAAUGGAAUAUCUGAAGGAAAGGGAAGAAUUCAGAAAAACUGGGAUUCCUACCAAGAAAAGACUACAGAAGCUUCCCACAAGCAUGUAGGCGAAGUCAAAUGAUACUCAGGAACCCUAAUAUCCAUGGAAAUCACAGUCACCUGAAAUAAUGGACUUAAGGAAGUGUUUGCUUUACCCUUAAUUACGGAAAUAAUUUUAUCUGAAAUAAAGUUCUUGUAAACUUCAAA